AUGGUCUAUGACCAGAACGGAGGGGGAGGAAUGGCCACUAGGUACAUGGCUUCUGGACCCACAGCUGGGCCCAUUCAGCACCACCAAGAGGACCCAGGGUUUCACCCUAAAUCUAAUGACCACUACUACCAACCACCUCCCCAAGGUUUCGAAGAAGACCAAUCCUGGAACCCUCACAUGGAACGCUACCAGCUUACGCACUGGGUAACUCCUGAGACGCUCAUUGGACACCACUCCAACAGUGAUGCGGAGAUUGACUCACUCACCUGCAUGCUGGCUGAUCAGGACUGCCAUUCACUAAACGGCACGCAGCUGUACGACAAUGUGCCUUACAACAAAUACAUCUUGGGGGACCGCUACACACCCUCAGCCCAGCCAGGAGACACAUCUCAGGGAGAGCCAUCUAUGGGUUUCCCACCUCAGUCCACGGACCAUCCUACACCCCCAAACCACAGUUAUCCCCACCAGGGUCUCCAGUACUUCCCCCAGCCAGACGACGCCCAGGUCUCCAAACCCUACCCCCAGCCUGUCCCUGCCUCCUACACUACCGCCUCCACCCCUACUGGCCCGAGGUUCAGUGUCCAGGUCAAAACAGCCCAAAUUGUCACCUACUUCCAGACUGGUAGGCAAUCUGAGCAGGCUUACACUCCUCCCCCACACCGCCGUCAUGCACUGCGGUCCCUGCCCAAUAAUCAGACUGGCCCCCAGGGCUGGUACCCUCCCCACCCUGCUUCCCAAGCCCAGGAGCUGCACUCUGAGAGGGGUUACAAGGGGAGUGCUGCAGGGUUUGGAGGGAGAGCUACCCAGUGCCCCAUAUCCAAUAGAGGCCCAGAGACUCACGAAUCAGGGUCAGGCUCGGCACCAAGCUCCGCCUAUCAGCCCAGUAAGCAGGGGACAGCAGCUCUGAGGCCAGAGGAUGAGUUGAACCAGCUCACUAAGAAGUUGGUGUAUGACAUGAAUCAUCCCCCUACAGAGGAAUACUUUGGUCGCUGUGCACGUUGCGGCGACAAAGUCCUUGACGGCAGCGACUGUAUUACCAUGGAGCAGGUGUUUCAUGUGGAUUGUUUCACCUGUGUCACCUGCCACGCUCAUCUCCGGGGGCAACCGUUCUACGCCAUUGACAAGCAGAGCCACUGCAGGAGCUGUUACAUUAGUGUCCUAGAGCGCUGCUGCAUGUGCUCCAAGCCCAUCCUGGACCGUGUCCUGCGGUCCAUGGGCAAUGCCUACCACCCGCACUGCUUCAACUGCGUGGUGUGUGGCUGCUGCCUGGACGGCGUGCCCUUCACCGUGGACGCCACCUACCAGAACCACUGUAUAGACGACUUCCACAGGAAGUUUGCCCCUCGCUGCUCAGUGUGUGGCCAGGCCAUCAUCCCUGGACUGAGCCAGGAGGAGACGGUCAGUAUAGUGGCGCUGGACCGCAACUUCCACGUCAACUGCUAUGUGUGUGAGGAGUGUGGUCUGCUCCUGUCGGCUGAGGGUGAGGAGCGAUGCUGUUACCCCCUGGACGGUCACAUCCUGUGUAAGGGCUGCAACGCCCAGCACAUCCUGAACCAAACGUCAAAAUCUCCACUGACUGCUAACCAACUAGGAAGUCACCUCUGA